AUGGCCGACGACGGCGUCGUUACUGUCUACGGCGGCAGCGCCAUCACCGACGCAAAGAAGAACCCUUUUUCGAUCAAAAUCGGGAUGGCCCAAAUGCUCCGCGGGGGAGCAAUUGUGGAAGUCAAUAACGUCGAUCAAGCUAAGAUCGCUGAGUCGGCCGGCGCUUGCUGCGUCAUCGUUUCCGAACCCAGCAAAUCUGGGAUUUGCCGAAUGCCCGACCCGUCUCUAAUCAAGGAAAUCAAAGGGGCAAUUGCGAUCCCGACUGUUGCCCGAGCUCGAGUUGGGCAUUUCGUUGAAGCCCAGAUUCUUGAAGCCGUAGGAGUCGAUUACAUAGAUGAGAGCGAGGUCUUAGCCAUUGCAGAUGAAGACCAUUUCAUCAACAAGCAUAAUUUCCGGGCGCCUUUCAUCUGCGGGUGUGUGGAUCUCGGAGAGGCCUUAAGAAGGGUGAGAGAAGGAGCUGCAAUGAUUAGGUUCCAAGGAGAUUUGAAGGGCUCCGGCAACAUUAUGGAGACGGUUCGUGUUGUGAGAAAAGUGAUGGGGGGAAUAAGAAUCUUGAACAACAUGGACGACGACGAAGUAUUCGCGUUUUCUAAGAAAAUCGCUGCUCCUUAUGACAUCGUGGCUCAAACAAAGCAAAUGGGAAGGCUUCCGGUGGUUCAUUUUGCAGCUGGAGGAAUUGUUACCCCUGCUGACGCUGCCUUGAUGAUGCAAUUGGGUUGUGAUGGGGUGUUUGUUGAAUCAGAUAUCUUUAACUGUGCAGAUCCUUAUAGAAAAGUGCGUGCUAUUGUUCAAGCUGUCAGGAACUAUAAUGAUCCAAUAAUAUUGGCGAAUGCAAGCAGUGGAUUGGAGGAUGCUAUGGCUGACUUGAACCUCAGUGAAACCAGGGUUGAGCAUCUUGGUGCUGGAGGUAGCUAUUGA